AUGGCACCGAAAUCUACAGGCCCUGCGGGGGGAAGUUCUCCGCUCGGCGGACCCAAAACCUCGCCAAAGGGAAAACAAAGUGGUGUACCAGAUUUCAAGGCCCUGCAGCUUGAGUCGGAGUUCAAGAGCAAGCACUUUGGCGUGCUGGGUGUUUUAACAUGGGUACUGUUGUUACAUCUUGCUGGUAUCUACUUCUUCACCAAGGGUUUCCUCCUUACGCGCAUGGUACUGGACAACAAAUCCUCAUGUGAAAUUCUGCCCUUCGACAACUCGAACCAUCAAGUCGCUGGAAAUACAAAUGGAAAAGGGUGCUGGCAUGAGAAAUCAUUCGACAAGGCCGUUGUGAUCAUUAUUGACGCUCUCCGAUACGACUUUACUGUGCCCUUCGCCUCUCAAGAUGAGAGCGAAGAGGUUCACCUUUUCCAUGACAAUAUUCCGGUUCUCUAUGAAACGGCUGUCAAGAAUCCCGCCAAUGCGUUCUUGUUGCCCUUCAUCGCCGAUCCACCGACAACAACCCUGCAGCGCCUGAAGGGAUUAACCACCGGUACAUUGCCUACUUUCAUUGAUGCAGGUUCCAACUUUGCCGGAACUGCCAUCGACGAGGACAAUUUGGUUGCCCAAUUGCACAACGCCGGGAAGACACUAGUCCAGCUUGGCGACGAUACCUGGCAAUCCUUGUUUCCAGGGUACUUCGAUGAGAACCUCACCCACCCAUACGACUCAUUUAACGUGUGGGACCUGCACACAGUUGACAAUGGUGUCAACGAGCACCUCUUCCCGCUUCUUCGCCCCGAGAACAAGGGUAAGUGGGACGUGAUCUUUGGGCAUUACCUCGGAGUUGAUCACGCUGGUCAUCGUUAUGGACCGGACCACGCUGCCAUGGCUGGCAAGCUCCAGGAGAUGGACAAGGUCAUUCGCAACAUCAUCACCUCCUUGGACGAUGAUACCCUUUUGGUAGUUAUGGGUGAUCACGGAAUGGAUAUCAAGGGUGACCAUGGCGGCGAAUCGGACGACGAAGUAGAAGCGGCUCUGUGGAUGUACUCCAAACGAGGAAUCUUCGGACGUACCAGCAAGGAAAGUCUGCUUCCACCAAAGCACGCUCGUGUGCGUCCAGUUCCCCAGAUCGACCUUGUUCCCACUCUGUCUCUUCUCCUUGGCAUGCCGGUCCCGUUCAACAAUUUGGGUUCUCCUAUUGAGGAAGCCUUUGCUGGAUCGAGUGGUAAUGACUGGUCGAACUUGUUGGCUGUCAACCGGUUGACAGCGGCACAGAUUCAGAGAUACCAGCAUGAAUACACUACCACCCAUGGAGCAGGUGACGACGAAGAAUCGUUGAAUCUUUGGUCUGCCGCAGAAGCAGAGUGGAAGUCUGCCUCCAAGGGCUUCACUUCCAAGUCGACUAACAUUCGCGCCAGCUAUGACCUUUACCGCAAGUACCAGCGACAUACCCUGGACAUCUGUCGCGGACUUUGGGCCCGCUUCGAUGUUCCUAGCAUGAUUCAAGGUGUUCUGCUGCUCUUCGGUGGCAUUGCUUUACUGGUUCUAUAUGCUCGUGGCAUGAAAGCAGACCGGACUGAUCUCACUUCCCAACUGCUGUCAUUUGUUGGUAUUGGGUCUGGCGUGGGUGCCGCGGCCGGUUCCGUCUUGGCGUUGUCUGGACUCACUGACAUGGCAGCGAUUGAUUUAGCCAUUUUGGUGGCUGCUGGUGGAAGCAUGGUUGGUGGGCUUCUCGCUCUGGCAAGGAAGUCAGCGCAGUUGACUCUGCCCCUUCCCACCGGCAUGUGGGGAUGGCUUGCCUUCUUCUUCACUGUGUCCCAGUCUCUUGGAUUUGCAUCGAACUCCUAUACCAUCUGGGAGGAUGAAAUCCUGCUUUUCUUCCUCACGACCUUUGGUGUGUGUGCCGGUAUCUCGUCCAUGCGCCAGAAAUCCACGCCGGACCGGGUUUUGGGAGUGUACCAUUCGCUUCUCUUUGUUAUUUUGGGCCGCGUUGCAUCUUUCUCCCGUCUCUGUCGCGAGGAGCAGAUGCCUUUUUGCCGCUCGACCUACUACGCCUCUUCGACUUCGUCCACCUCUGCCCCUUGGCAGCUCAUCAUUCCUUUUGUGGUCAUGCUAUUCCUUCCUAGUGUCGUGCGGGGUUUCUACAUUGGAUCCAAGUCCUACGAAGAUAACGCUACGCUGUGGAUCGGCUUCGCUUUCCGCCUUGGCCUUUUUAUUACUUCGGUCUUCUGGAUGCUAGAAGGCGCUGACGAUGGUGAAUGGCUUCCGCUGAGCAAGGAAACCCUCAAGUCACUCCGUGUGUUCUUAGCCCAGUUGGUGCUUGCUCUAGCAUUCGCUGCAGGCACAGCUGCAUUCCUCUACGCUAAGCCCUGUGUCAGCAUCAGCGUGAGCCAACCCCAAGAGGACCCGAACGCGCCGCCGGCUCCCUUCAUCCUCGGCCAGGAACAGAAGCCCCGAACCACCGUGACCGUUCUCGGCUUCGGCAACAUGUACGGUACUCGCUUCUUCUUCAUGGUAAUCAACUUCGCCCUCGCCAUCAUCCUAAUGUCAAAGCCUAUGGGUCAAGGUGCACUCGCCCUUCUACUCUGGCAAAUCCUCUCCCUCCUCGAGAUCCUCGACACAAAUGCUCUUACUCUCACCAACUCCUCCAUCGGCCCCGUUAUUCUCGGCGUUCUGGGAUCAUUCUAUUUCUUCAAAACAGGCCACCAAGCCACCCUAAGCAGCAUCCAAUGGGAAACAGCCUUCAUCCCUCUCUCUACAAUCCAAUACCCCUGGUCCCCAUUGCUAGUCGUUCUCAACACCUUCGGCGCCCAGAUUCUCGCCGCCCUCGCCGUCCCCCUCACCGUUCUCUGGAAACGGCCCUUACAAACACACGACCGUGUCUCUUCUACCUCUUCUACCGCUAAAACUGCAAACCCUGCUACAAAGCUUCUCUCCGACGUUAUUCAGGCUGUCUCUACUCACAUCCUCUACUUGGCUACUAUCAACCUUGCCACCACCAUGUGGGCUGGCCACCUCCGUCGCCACCUGAUGCUGUACCGCAUCUUCAGCCCUCGUUGGAUGAUGGGCUCUCUUGUCUUGGGCGUUAUUGAUGUAGUCCUUUUGGUCUUUGCUGUUCCUGGUGUGCGCUUUAGCACAGUCAGUGUUGGUGAGAUCUUUGGCUGGUGA